UUGUCAGCAUUUUUAGAACCUGGGGAUGUCAUUAUGGCUGACCGAGGUUUUACUAUAGAGGACAAUCUGCUGCCUAUGAAAGUAACUUUAGUUAUUCCACCAUUUUUGAAAAACAAAAAAAGGCUUACACCUCAAGAAGAAUUGAAAACAAAGCAAAUUGCUAAGCUUGGGAUUCACAUAGAACGAGCUAUUGAGGCAAUGAAGAGAUAUAAAAUACUUCAAUAUAGAGUUCCACUCUCCAUCCAGUAUGUUUUCUCUCAAAUGGUAUUUGUC